AUGGUCCGAGCCCGCAGCCCCGGCCGGCAGCCCCGCGGCUCCCCGUAUGCCCCGGAGCGCCCGGCCCGCUGGAGCCUGGUCCUGCUCGGGGCGCUCCUCGCCGCCAUCGCCGCCGCCGCCGCCCGGGGAUACGCGAGCUACCGGGAGGCCCAGGCCGCGGCGCGGAGGGAGGCAGCAUUAAAGUCUCUGGGGACAGAAGGCCUGUACCUCUUCUCCUCUCUGGAUUUAGACAAAGACCUGUCCAUCAGCCCAGAAGAGUUCAAGCCCAUUGCUGAGAAAUUCACAGGGUCGAUGCCUGUCCCUGACUCUGAGGAAGAAAAGUCCCCACUCGAUCCCACUGAGAUGCUGUACAUAGAAGGGAACCUGUUUCCAGAGGAGAAGCUGUCCAUAGUGGCCCGAUUCCAGCCCCUGCUCCUGGAGACCAUGACAAAGAGCAAAGAUGGUUUUCUGGGGGUUUCUCAUCUUGCUCUGUCUGGGCUUCGAGAAUGGAGGACCCCUGCCUCACAGCUCAUGGAGUUCUCUGCUCACCAGUUCAAGCCUUUCCUGCCCCCCCGGGGCAACAUGGAAUUGGGCGAGCCCUGGUGGGUUAUCCCCAGUGAGUUAAGCAUCUUCACUGGAUACCUCUCUAACAACCGCUUCUACCCACCUCCUCCCAAAGGCAAAGAGAUCAUCAUCCACAGACUGCUGAGCAUGUUCCACCCACGGCCCUUUGUGAAGACCCGCUUUGGGCCCCAGGGCGCAGUGGCCUGCCUCACGGCCAUCAGUGACUCCUAUUACAUGGUGGCUUUCAGGAUCCAUGCCGAGUUCCAGCUCAAUGAGCCACCCCACUUUCCCUUCUGGUUCUCUCCAGGACAGUUCACUGGGCACAUCAUCCUCACCAAAGAUGCCACCCACAUCCGUGAAUUCAAGCUCUUUGUGCCUAACCACAGGUCUCUGAAUGUGGACAUGGAGUGGUUGUAUGGAGCUAAUGAGAAAAGCAGCAUGGAAGUCGACAUUGGUUACCUCCCUCAGAUGGAGCUCGAAUCCCAGGGCCCUUCAGUGCCAUCUGUGAUCCAUGAUGAGAAUGGCAAUGUGAUUGACAGCCGCCUGCCUUCUGGGGAGCCCAUCCAGUUUGUGUUUGAGGAUAUUGUAUGGCAGCGGGAGCUCAGCUGGGAGGAGGCAGCCCAGCAGCUGGAGCUUGCCAUGUACCCAUUCAAGAAGGUCACCUACCUGCCAUUCGCUGAAGCAUUUGACCGAGCCAAGGCCGAAAACAAACUGGUGCACUCCAUCCUGCUCUGGGGCGCCCUGGAUGACCAGUCCUGCUGAGGUUCAGGGCGGACUCUCCGGGAGACAGUCCUGGAAAGUCCGCCCAUCCUCACCCUCCUCAACGACAACUUCAUCAGCAGCUGGUCCCUCGUGAAGGAGCUGGAGGAUCUUCAGAACAACCAAGAAAAUGAAUUCCACAAGGAGCUGGCCAGCCUGCACCUGGAGAAGUACAGCUUCCCCGUGGAGAUGAUGAUCUGCUUACCCAAUGGGACAGUGGUGCAUCAUAUUAAUGCCAAUUACUUCCUGGAUAUCACUUCCUUGAAGCCAGAAGAUAUUGAGACUGGUGUCUUCAGCUUCUCAUCGACCUUUGAAGAUCCAUCCACAACCACCUAUGCACAAUUCCUGAAAGAGGGGCUUCGCCGAGCCCAGCCCUUCCUUCAGCCCUAGGACCCCAGCCAAAAGGGCACACGCUGGAUGAACUUUCUUAUUCCAGGCUGGUUUCUUUCAGUCCCCAGGUGUGACUGAAAUUCCCCCAUCAGCUACAAGGACGGAGCUGAGUGCUGCUUCACACAUUUCAGUCCCACCGAACUGUCUCCUUGAGGUGCAACUACUGGCCUUGGCAUCUUUGGAAACCCCCUUGAUGGUGUAGGGCUCCCUAGGUUCCAUUUUUUCAGUUUCCUUCAGCUGCUCCUGUUUUGAGCCCUAAAUAUUAAUUUAGAAAAGAAAUAGGAUUGGCAUCUAGGGUUUCCUGUGGGGAAAGACCCAUUCUAGUGGCCCUGGCACCUGAGGACUUGGCAGCCCUGGGACCCUUCCUUUUGUUCUCCAUUAGGGCUGGCCUACUGCCUCUAGCUUUUCAAAAGCAAGCAAGGUAUCAAGACAAGAAUCCUCCUGUCUAUUUGGGCUGAGGAGCUCUGGGGAAAGAGAGCUGGGAUUUGGUCUGGAAGGCACCAAGCUGUGUGCCUUUUGCCAGCUGCCUCACCCUCAGGCCAAAGGAGACUCCGUUGUCCGUCCUGAGCAGCCUUUCUGCUCCCCUGAAGUCUGCCCUGACUUGUUCUGUUUAAUACUGUUGUCUUCUCCAAGAUUUGGGGGAGUUGGCCCAGCCAGACUGCCAUGUGGUUCAGGUCAGAAGAGAAAGGGAGACUGAAGCUAGAUGCAGCCACGUCACCAGAAAGCCCCUAAGGGGCCCCACUAUCUGGUCUCUGUUUUUCAAUGAGAAACCAGGUUUGGGUGGAGACCAGGGGCACCCUUGAAGAAGACAAGUCAUGAGAGGACCAAUGUAGAAAGAAGCAGGUCCAAGACCUGGGUAGCCAGACCUCAUGGCUGCCACCCUCCUUGGGGGGCCUGUCUUCCCCAGAUGCUGUUUGGUGUCCUCUGCUUGUCUCCUGCCCCUCUGAGUCACUGUUGAGCAGUAUGGUAGCCAGAGGACCCCGUAAGCCAAACACCACUGGGGCUCUGGCCUUGAGAAGUGGAAACCAGGAAGUUUCCCUCCCGUUCAGUUCAGUCCUUGGGUGCUCACCUGAGUGCAACCUUGAGGUCGCAUGGUAGAGUGAAAAGAGUCUAGAUGUGGAGCCAAACACCUGGCUUCAAAUCCUGGAUCUCCUUCUUGUCUGCAUGAGUCAGAAUCAAGAUUUCAGAGUAGGAAGCGACCUCAUUGGCCACCUGGGCCCACCCAUACUCAAAAAAGAGCCCCCACUACACUGUACCCAACAAAUGUCAUCCAGCCCCUAGUAAGGAGGGAAACCCAUUAUCUGCACGUUCCACCCUUGAUAGUUAGGGAGCUUUUCCUUAUGUCAAGCCUAGUUCAUGUCUGCCUCUUUGCAGUUUCUACCUAUUGCUCCUGAUUCUGCCUUGUGGGCCAGGCAGGAUAAGUCUGAGCCCUCUUACAGCUGACACCCCCUCAGGUGCUUACUGUGAGCCUACUGAGCAUAAACAAUCCACCCUUGCCCCUCUAGGCCUGUUUGAAAAAUGAGGGGGUUGGGUUAGAUAAUCUGUGAAGUUUCUUACCAUUCUAACUGUUCCAAGUCUCACUGGACACCAGUUCUCUAGGACACUGGAUUAAGCUGGUUGUUGUGUCUGGCUAACUAGACCCUCAACACCCUCUCCCAGCAGAAGGAUUUUUGCAAGUGAUCCUGGUGGGACUUUUCUGCUUUUUGUUGAGGCACUUGGGGUUAAGUAACUUGCCUAGGAUCACACAGCUAGUGUCAGGUGUCUGAGG